GGAAUAUGGAUAGAGGGUUCUAAAAGGACAUUCUUUUAUGAGGAUGAAAGUUGUCAGCUUUAUCUUUAAAUGAAAAAUGAUGAAGAUUUGGGGUAAAGAAAGCUGAUUUUGAAGUUUCCAGCUUGAGAAAGAAUGAGGUUUAAACUGUUGCUUGGAUAUCUAUUGCUUAUAUUUGCCUGUUUGUCUUAUAUUGCCGCAGAUGCCUUUCUAGGAAUAAACAUUGGUCCAGAUCGUUUAAACCUACCAUCGGUGGAGCAGGUGGUGGCAAUCCUUAGAGAUCAUAAAAUAACACAUGUUCGGAUUUUUGAUUCUGAUUCUCAUUUUCUUAGCGAACUUGCAAACACUGGGAUUGAAGUUAUGAUUAGUGUGACUAAUGAGGAAGUCUCAGAGUUAGGAAAAUCACCAUCAGCUGCAGCCUCAUGGGUUAACACACACGUUUCAGCUUUCAAACCAGCCACUAAUAUCACUGCCAUUGCUGUUGGUAGUGAAGUUCCUUCUUCGGUUCCAGAUGUUUCUCCUUUUCUUGUUUCUGCCAUGGAUAAUAUCUAUAAAGCUUUAGUAGCUUCAAAUCUAAAUGACAAGGUUAAAGUUUCGACCCCUUUAUCAAUGAAUAUAAUUCCUAAACCAUUUCCGCCAUCCACUGCCACUUUUAACGCUUCAUUGAAUUCCACUAUUCAUGAAAUUCUUGGAUUCUUGAAGAAAACCAACUCCUUUUUCAUGUUAAAUGCUUAUCCUUACAAUACUUAUGUACAAAGCAAUGGAGUUUUUCCAAUUGAGUAUGUUCUCUUUCAGCCAAUCCCGGUUGUCAAACAGAUCGUUGACCCGAACACACUUUUCCAUUAUGAAAGCAUGCUUGAUGCUAUGGUGGAUGCUGCCUAUUACUCCAUAGCUGCUUAUAAUACUUCAGUGAUUCCAAUUAUCGUUAGUGAAACGGGGUGGCCAUGGUCUAGUGGUGGAACCGAAAGUGACGCCACUGUGGAACAUGCAGAGACCUUUAGUAAUAACUUGGUUCAGCGAGUUUUGAGUGGGUCGGGCCCACCAAGUCAACCCUCCAUUCUAAUGAAUUCGUACAUUUACACGAUGUUUAUUGAUGACAAGAGGCCAAACUAUGGUGUGUUUUUUCGUAAUGGGAGUAUGGUUUAUAAUCUUGAUCUUGAUAAUGGGAAUUCUUCAAGCAGAUUUUGUGUUGCUAGAAAAGGGGCAGACCCUGCUAGCUUGCAAGACGGUUUGAAUUGGGCAUGCGGGCAAGGGCAGGCGAACUGCACUGCCAUUCAGUCAGGGAAGCCAUGUUACUUGCCCAAUACCUUACAAAACCAUGCUUCCUAUGCUUACAAUGAUUAUUACCAAAGAAGGCGUGACACUGGUGGAACCUGUGACUUUGGUGGCACGGCUAUAACAACCAAUGUUGACCCGAGUUAUGGAUCCUGCAUAUUUACAGAAAGCGGUUCAAACUCGAGUGCUGGCAGGUAUAGUCCUCCAGCAUUUGGGCUGGCGGGUCCCACAGGGAGUGCAUCCCCGUCAAAAUGGAUUCCUGAGAUCGGGUAUUUGAUGUUGGCAACGGUUUUUACAUGGUUAUUACUGAAUGUGCAGAUAUGUAGAUCUUAAUUUAUGUAGGCUUGUAUAGUUGGUUCUUUUUGGCUGAUAGCCAUGAUAAGACACUAAAAACAAUUCAAUUGUUUGUUUCUUAUUUUAGACCACAAUGAUGGGUUAGAACAUAUUUUUUUGAACUGUGAAAAAACGAAUGUCUCAAAUAUUUUUAGA